AUGAAGGUGUUGCUCUUCCUCGCACUCUUGGGUCUACUGACCGUGGGCCGCUGUAGAUGUGAGUAUUCGCUCCUGCCCUUCCUUCGGGCCCAGCGUACCAUCGACGUGGGGUGGUGCCGUCUGUUCACCAGGGAGCCCGGCUUCUACCGGGGCCCGCUGGGAGUCUGGAACUUGGUUGCCGUCGACCGGGGGUCCCCACUCGCUCCGCCGGCCCUUGUAUCGCCCCGCUGGGUGUCAGGGAGGCUCGGACUGAUUUCGAGAAGCUCUGGGGAGUCCGCAGGUCUGCCAAGCUACUCUGAAGAGAGCUCCGUCGAUGAUUCCAAAGAGAGCGUGAAGAGGCCAAUCAAAGUGUUUGGAUCAGGAAGUGAUGAUGAUUCCAAGGAAAGUGCUGAAAAGAAAAUCAUUGUGAUCGGAUCCACAGAAGAUGAUGAUUCCAAGGAAAGUGCUGAAAAGAAAAUCAUUGUGACCGGAUCCACAGAAGAUGAUGAUUCUGCGGAGAAAGAGAGUCACUCUGCAUCUCGAGAUUCCAAGGAGAGCGGGGAGACGGAAAUCAAAGUGCUGGGAUCCAGAGAUGAUGACGAUUCUGCGGAGAAAGAGGGUCGCUCUGCCUCUCGAGAUUCCAAGGAAAGUGGUGAAAGGAAAAUCAAGCACCUUGGAUCCAGUGAAGAUGAUGACUCUGCCGAGAACGAGAGUGGGCCGGAUACUAAAGAUUCUGCGGAGAAAGAGAGUCGAUCUGCAUCUCGAGAUUCGGAAGAAAGUGCGGAGAGGAAAAUCAAAGUGAUCGUAUCGAGAGAAGAUGAUGACUCUGCCGAGAACGAGAGUGGGCCGGAUACUAAAGAUUCUGCGGAGAAAGAGAGUCGAUCUGCAUCUCGAGAUUCCAAAGAAAGUGCGGAGAGGAAAAUCGAGAUGAUUGUAUCGAGAGAAGAUGAUGACUCGGCCGAGAACGAGAGUGGGCCGGAUACUAAAGAUUCUGCGGAGAAAGAGAGUCGAUCUGCAUCUCGAGAAUCUGCAGAGAAAGAGAGUCACUCUGCAUCUAGAGAUUCUGCGGAGAAAGAGAGUCGAUCUGCAUCUCGAGAAUCUGCAGAGAAAGAGAGUCACUCUGCAUCUAGAGAUUCCAAAGAAAGUGCGGAGAGGAAAAUCAAAGUGAUUGUAUCGAGAGAAGAUGAUGACUCGGCCGAGAACGAGAGUGGGCCGGAUACUAAAGAUUCUGCGGAGAAAGAGAGUCGAUCUGCAUCUCGAGAAUCUGCAGAGAAAGAGAGUCACUCUGCAUCUAGAGAUUCUGCGGAGAAAGAGAGUCGAUCUGCAUCUCGAGAUUCCAAAGAAAGUGCGGAGAGGAAAAUCGAGAUGAUUGUAUCGAGAGAAGAUGAUGACUCGGCCGAGAACGAGAGUGGGCCGGAUACUAAAGAUUCUGCGGAGAAAGAGAGUCGAUCUGCAUCUCGAGAAUCUGCAGAGAAAGAGAGUCACUCUGCAUCUAGAGAUUCCAAAGAAAGUGCGGAGAGGAAAAUCGAGAUGAUUGUAUCGAGAGAAGAUGAUGAUUCGGCGGAGAAUGGAGAGAGGAACGGGAACAGCAACAACUCCAAUUCUGACGAAAGUGUGGAAGGGGAAGUCAAAGGGGUAACAUCCAGAGGCGAUGAUGAUUCCAAAGAAAGUGCGGAGAGGAAAAUCAAAGUGAUUGUAUCGAGAGAAGAUGAUGAUUCGACGGAGAAUGGAGAGAGGAACGGGAACAGCAACAACUCCAAUUCUGACGAAAGUGUGGAAGGGGAAGUCAAAGGGGUAACAUCCAGAGGCGAUGAUGAUUCCAAAGAAAGCGUGGAGGAGAAAAUCAAAAUGAUUGGAUCCAAAGAAGAUGAUGAUUCCAAAGAAAGUGUGGAGAGGAAAAUCAAGAUGAUCGUAUCGAGAGAAGAUGAUGAUUCUGCGGAGAAAGAGAGUCGAUCUGCAUCUCGAGAGUCCAAAGAAAGUGUGGAGAGGAAAAUCAAAGUGAUCGUAUCGAGAGAAAAUGAUGACUCUGCGGAGAACGAGAGUGGGCCGGAUACUAAAGAUUCUGCGGAAAAAGAGAGUCGAUCUGCAUCUCGAGAGUCCAGAGAAAGUGCCGAGAGGAAAAUCAAAGUGAUCGUAUCAAGAGAAGAUGAUGACUCUGCGGAGAACGAGAGUGGGCCGGAUACUAAAGAUUCUGCGGAGAAAGAGAGGCGAUCUGCAUCUCGAGAGUCCAGAGAAAGUGCCGAGAGGAAAAUCAAAGUGAUCGUAUCAAGAGAAGAUGAUGACUCUGCGGAGAACGAGAGUGGGCCGGAUACUAAAGAUUCUGCGGAAAAAGAGAGUCGAUCUGCAUCUCGAGAGUCCAAAGAAAGUGUGGAGAGGAAAAUCAAAGUGAUUGUAUCGAGAGAAGAUGAUGACUCUGCGGAGAACGAGAGUGGGCCGGAUACUAAAGAUUCUGCGGAGAAAGAGAGUCGAUCUGCAUCUCGAGAGUCCAGAGAAAGUGCCGAGAGGAAAAUCAAAGUGAUUGUAUCGAGAGAAGAUGAUGACUCUGCGGAGAACGAGAGUGGGCCGGAUACUAAAGAUUCUGCGGAGAAAGAGAGUCGAUCUGCAUCUCGAGAUUCCAAGGAGAGCGACGAGAAGAAAAUCAAAGACAUCGGAUCAAGAGAAGAUGAAGAUUCCAAGGAGAGCAGGGAGAAGAAAAUCAAAGACGUUGGAUCAAGAGAAGAUGAUGAUUCGGCGGAGAAUGGAGAGAGGAACGGGAACAGGAACAACAACAACUCCAAUUCCGAUGAAAGUGGCGAAAGGAAAAUUAAAACGCUGGGAACCUCCAGCGAAGGCCGAGAUUCUGCGGAGAAAGAGAGUCGCUCUGCAUCUCGAGACUCAGUGGAGAACGAGAGUGGCCCGGAUACUAUAGAUUCUGCAGAAAAAGACAGUCACUCGGCAGCCCGAGAUUCCAAAGAGAGCAGGGAGAGGAUGAUCCGAGUGUCUGAAUCCAGAGAAGAGUCCAAAGAAAGUGCGGAGAGGAAAAUCAAAGUGAUUGUAUCGAGAGAAGAUGAUGACUCUGCGGAGAACGAGAGUGGGCCGGAUACUAAAGAUUCUGCUGAAAAAGAGAGUCACUCUGCAACUCACGAUUCCAGUGAGAGUGCUGAAGAGAUACGGAAGCUGAUUUCAUCGGGAGGAGAUGAUGACUCUGCCGAGAACGAGAGUGGGCCGGAUACUAAAGAUUCUGCGGAGAAAGAGAGUCGAUCUGCAUCUCGAGAUUCCAAGGAGAGCGGGGAGACGGAAAUCAAAGUGCUGGGAUCCAGAGAUGAUGACGACUCAGCGGAGAACGAGAGUGGGCCCGAUACUAAAGAUUCCAAGGAGAGCGGGGAGACGGAAAUCAAAGUGCUGGGAUCCAGAGAUGAUGACGACUCAGCGGAGAACGAGAGUGGGCCCGAUACUAAAGAUUCUGCAGAAAAGGAGAGUCACUCUGCUGCUCGAGACUCCGCGGAGAACGAGAGUGGGCCGGAUACUAAAGAUUCGGCUGAGAAAGAGUCUCACUCUGCAGAAGGAGGUCCCUUCCUUGGGAAGCAGAAAUCCGACUCCGUCGUGAAGAGGCCCGGACGAUCAAUUCGGGAAUUUUAUGAGAGACACCGCGAGCAUUACUACAAGACACCUUCGGAGCGUCGCAAAGGACUAUGCGAGUCCUUCUCCCCAUGCCACCACCUGGCCAACAGGGUUGGAUACCAGAACGCCUAUCAACAAUACUUUGGAAACCUUUAUCAAUAGACUGGAGCCCAAAUAUCAGUAACGUCGCAGUACUUUAUAUCACACACAAUGCCUAACGUAGAGGAUUAGACCUCGUUCAUUGAAAUGCCACAAAUGGUUUCCAUCAGAGUAUUUGAACCUAGUUCUGCUGGUCACAACUUUGCCCAUUAAGGGUCCUUCGCUGAGCCCAUUGUCCCAUUAACCUGUGCAAGGAUCCUCCUGGCAAUCU